UUUUGGUGAUUUCAAAUGUCAAAAUUGGCUUUCAAACAUCGUGCACCCCACCUUUAAUAGCCAUUUGAGCACAGUUGAUUGUCAUCCGUCAUAGACGUUAUCCACACGUAUAAAGUUAAAAAUUCAAGUUUUUGGAGACGAUUUUUAGUGUGCAGAUCUGUGAAAGCUUCGGGUAUUCCACGUUUCAGGGACGUUUCAGUGUUUCAGGCCUCGACAAAAGUAAUAGAGGAGAUUGAACGAAGUCAGACACGUAAUUGGUGAAGGAAUGACAUCAUUGCUGCCGAAAGCGUCUUGAAACAGUUUCAGCCUCAGGAUGGACUAUAAAAGAACUUUGUGACAAACAAUGAUUCGGCAUAAAACAUAGUCAAGGCUUGUUUUACCCCCGCUCUCGAACCCUCGCCCGGAUGUGUAUAAGGGUCCAGAAUGUUUGCGUGUUUCCGGCGGAUCAAAAAAUGCCAACUCCGUCAGCUGAUGAUAACGUGCUUCGUGUUGUCAGUGAUCAAGGUGUACUGGGAAAGUCUUGACCAGAAUGUAUCUAAUCAUAUCAAGUCCUAUUCCUUCCGCCUGUUCAACAACUUGGACUUUAUAAGUUCUAACCUAACAAUUAGUUACGAAGAUGCACAGAAGUUCAGCAAUCACCGUUACUUAAUAAACCACGAGGACAAAUGUGCCAACGAAGACAUGCUACUCUUGCUGCUCGUCAAAAGCUCGCCUGAAAACUUUGAAAGGAGGCAGGCAAUCCGGCUGACAUGGGGCAACGAAGCCUACAUCCAGAAAAAAUUUGGUGUGACCGUGAGAGUGCUGUUUGCUCUUGGCAUCCACCCUCAUCCAGUGAACAGGAAGAAGUUUCAGCGCAGGUUGAUUUUGGAAGACAAAACAUAUCAAGAUCUGAUUCAACAGGACUUUCUCGAUACCUUUCACAACCUCACGAUUAAGCUUCUUCUCCAGCUUGGCUGGACACACACAUAUUGCAAACAUGCACGCUUUGUCAUGUCUGCAGAUGAUGACAUCUUUGUCCACAUGCCCAACUUGAUCCGCUACCUGCAGGAGAUGAACCGGACCAGUGUCAAAGACUUCUGGAUCGGCAAGGUGCACCGAGGCUCUCCACCCAUUCGUAAGAAAGAAAGCAAGUACUACGUGUCUCACGAGAUUUACCCCUGGUUCCUGUAUCCCGAUUACACCCCUGGAGCUGGUUAUGUUAUUUCCAGAGACGUGGCCUCUAGAGUCUACCAAGCUUCCCUCACCUUAAACGCCUCUAUUUAUAUCGACGAUGUCUUCAUGGGCAUUUGCGCCAACGCGAUAGGGAUUUUGCCCAAAGAACACGUGUUCUUCUCAGGAGAGGGUAGGGCUCCUAACCACGUCUGCAUCUAUAACCAAAUGAUGACAUCCCAUGGACAUGUGAAGGACUUCCAUGAACUCUGGAAACUUGCAACAGAUCCCGAGGUGCAGCAGGUUUCUUCAGGACUUUUUGGAAAGCUGUACUGCACCAUAACUAAAAUCAGACUCCUUUGUUCAUUAUACACUUUAAACACCUACCCAUGUAAAGCAGCCUUUUUUUAGGGCCUGGAUUGGUAUGAAAAACUACCCCCAUGCCUGGAGAAGCCCUGUCCUCUUCAUCCAUUUUUUUUUAAGACCAACACUGUUGAGCUAGAAGAUCUGUAUAUUUAUGUAUGAUGUUCUGGGGUUGGGACCAUCUUGAAAUUAUUACACAACUAACUAAAACUCAUCCAUACCUUACUUUUAAAUCAUGACAUUUAUUUCCUUGCAUACACCUUACAGUGUUUGUCUUGUUCCUUAACUUGUUGCAUGUUUUCUUUUUACCAAAAUCAUGGAGAGAAACCAACCAUAGAAUCUUCGAGUCUCUUUUGAGAAGAAAUGUUUACGCCACACCCAUACGAGUUUCUUCCCCCAAACUAUUGCUACAGAUUCGGGAGCACACAAUUGAAUAGAAGGUCUUUGUAUGCAUUUGGAUUUCACUGCAACUAGUUCCAACAUGACAGUACCCCUUUGCACAAGGCCAGCUCCAUGAAGACGUAGUGUGGAGGUUACAACUGGAGCGGAAGAACUCGUACAGAGCCCUGACUCCACACCUUUGGGAUGGAACACUGGAUGGAACACCUACUGUACCUCAUCAGCUCCUUUCUUCACUAAUAGUUGUGUAGCUGAAUGAACCCACAAGAGAAGAGCGGAGCACAUGAGGGUGUGUUGGUGUUGCUGGGGUUGUAAAACCUUUCCCCAGAUAUUGUAGCAUUAAUGGAUUUGAAAUUUGCCUCACAAGUUUGCAAGCUUCUGUCCGGCAUCUGGGUUUGGUUUGUACGAGCCUGGUGAAAACUGUAGGAAGUGCUAGAUCAGUGAUCAGAAUGUUUGCAGGCAAAAAUCCCUGAAUCACAGAGCUGCCAUUGCUAAACUCUUCAGAACUUGUGCAAGGGCCCAGGACUUGUGCAAAAAAAAAAAAAAAAAAAUGAACAGAAGUCACUCUGCAUAAAGGCAUCUUGUAAAUGCCAUAAAUGUAAAGGUUUUAUUCCACAUAUCGGUGCAGAGAAGCAUCGCAGACCUCGGGUCUGAAUGACGACAAUUCUGUAGAAGUUAAAUCGGUAUUUCCGAGUUCUUCUUUUGCAGCUUUUUGUGAAAACCUGUUUUGUAAUUGUGAACUCUUUAUAUGCAUCCACUACCUAGAAAAAUACAGGAAGUGUCUUGAUUCUGAGUCAAGUUUCAGAUCUUGAGGCUUGUUUCAGGUUUUGCAUGCAACAUGCGUGAGAAGUGGCGCUUUAGUAAACUCGUGACUUGAAAACUUUUUAAACUUUUCACCGGGUUCUCCAGCUGUUCCACAUUUUUCUUAAAUUCUCCAAUCUAUUUAUAUAUGUAUGAAAUUAAUGAAAAUUUCGAUUGAGGUCCUGGGCUAUCAUGCUGAAAAAGCUUUAGCUUGAACAGACAUUUUCAUAGAAAUCUUUGGCUUACAAGAGAGGUUCCUAUCCUCAAAGAGAUUUUCAGUGAUCUCAAACCUUGAUCACUUAUUUAAUAUAUUUUUAUUUAAUAUAUUUAUUUUUAAUAUAUUUAUUAUAUAUAUAUAUAUAUAAUCCAGAUUUACCAUUUAAGCCUUGUACAUGCAUAUUCAGUAAAUGUUUUGACAUGUUCUUGUGUUUUGUUUUCUUGAUUUUUCCACUCAGUUGUUCAGUCAGAAUCAUUCAUAUUAGUUUGGUUAAAAUAAACGAAUAAAACAAAAAACAGAUUGUGAGCUAUUCUUAAAGGGGUUAUUUGUAAAUCCAGUAAAUCCAGAUACACAUCUGCAUUGCACUAUACUUAUGGAAGGUUAACGCUUCUUGAGGACCCUUUUACAUCUGCUUACUUGGAUGCAUCGUUUCAGUCGUUUGCAAAAUGGAAAAACUACAAAACUACAGAUCUAUCUAUUACAAAGAAAAACUCUUUUGUUUUCCGCAAGUGUACUCAAAUCAGAAUCACAAUCUGAAAGAUCUUUAUUGCCAGGUAUGUUUUCACAUAAAAGGAAUUUGUUCUAGUACAGAAGCUCCACAAGAUGCACUUAUUUCCAGGGAUUUCAGAACAGCGUAACAGAUGUUGCAU